AAAUCUCUGGGUGGUGUAUGGCGGGACCCGAUGGACCCUUUGGAGGGGAAAAGAAGGGGCAGGGGCGAGGUUGCCAUCAAUGGUCUUAGUGAAUAGGCCCUGGAAGAGACCACAGUGGCCCAGCCAUGUGGAGCCCCACCCCCCACCCCCAGCCCUGGGCACAGGCGCUGAUGUUUCAGCCUUACAUCCUCAUCUGGGCUGUCCGGCUGAGCAGGGCCCCUGGAGCCAGUCCCAAUCUGUUUCCUUCUAUUCUUUGACAGGAAGCUCCUGGAGAGCCAGACCCCACCCCCUCCCCGCCCAAGCACUCCCUCUCUCUUCUCCACUAUGGACAGAGCCUUCAGGGAGCAGCUGUCUGCCCGGCACAGACCCAGCUGACAUGGGGACUGUGGGAGCGACGCAGCUGUGCUGGGCGAUUCUCAGUUUCCUCCUACUCCAAGGCCACAACUGCCAGCUCACACCCCAGCCCUCUUACCCUCAAGGAGACAGCCCUUCCUCAGAGCCAAGUAGCCCAAGGCCUCCAUCUAGCGCCAGGACCCCAGCUGUUCCAGAGAAGACUUCACAGGUCCCCAUAGUAGCCAGUAAACCCACGUCACCGAGGUCACGCGCUGUGGAUGAUCAAACCCCGUCCUUGCUGGACCUGACUCAGUUACAGCCACAACAGCACACAUCGGGACUUGACACCUCUCAAAAUGUUACUCCCAAAUCAGCCACCAUGAGCCUGAGGACUAGAGAAGACUCAACCGUCCUGCCCAGCCCUACAUCAGAGACGGUGCUCACUGUGGCUGCAUUUGGUGUCAUCAGCUUCAUCGUCAUCCUGGUGGUCGUGGUGAUCGUCCUGGUCAGCGUGGUCAGCCUGAGGUUUAAGUGUCAGAAGAACAAGGAAUCUGAAGAUCCCCAGAAACCUGGGAGUUCAGGGCUAUCUGAAAGCUGCUCCACAGCCAAUGGAGAGAAAGACAGCAUCACCCUCAUCUCCAUGAAAAAUAUCAACAUGAAUAACAGCAAAGGAAGCCCUUCGGCAGAGAAGGUUCUUUAAAAGCAACCUUGGAUCCGAACGAGUCCGAGGAUGACACAGCUGCCCUGUGACUGUAAAAAGGAAGGUGACGGGAUCAGUAGAGGCGAUGGACCACAUAUAAAUUAUUUUAUUGUUUCACAUCUACUCCCAGAUCUAAAGGACACUAGCAUUCCUCCAGAUCUGGGAGCAAACUACCAAUAUGAGAGACUCUUUUCCAUAUGGACAGCCACUCUAGAAACAUGGCCUGCUCCUCCCACCUUCUCAGAGUCACAGGAAAGAGGAGUCUACAGAGCAAGAGUAAGGAAAAUGACAAAGUGGAUUGGUCCUUUCUACUUUGCAUUAAAAUUAUUUUCUGGC